GUUCAGCAGCUUCAUUCCCAGCACGAACAACCGCAGUUCUGAACAUGGCAAGCCAUGGUGUCGCACGACCUGCAACGAUCGUGCCGCGAACAGAGCAGGAACGGAUUGAGGAAGAACGGGAGAUCAAACAAUACCGGGAGCUGGAAGACUUGAUCAGGUCAAAGAUUGCAGAACGUCAAUACACAGUCGAAGUCCUCGAACUUACCUCGAAGCUCCUGAAGAAGAAUCCUGAAUAUUACACAAUAUGGAACGUCCGCAGACGUUUGCUAAUUUAUGGCUUAUUCUCCAAACCGUUGGAUUCGUCAUCGCACUCGACGGAGUCACAGAAUAUUUCUCAGACCGACAUACCUACAACAUCUUCCGCAAAGCCAUUCUCCUCUUCUUCUAUCUCUUCGGAGGCCUCGAGCACGACCCCGCAGAACCCCGCCUCCCAGAGUCAUGGGAAGAAUGGUACAACUCUUGACAUAAUCAAGGCGGACUUGGACUUUCUCUUUCCGUUGAUGAUGAAGUAUCCAAAAUGCUAUUGGCUGUGGAAUUAUCGUUUAUGGUUGCUGCAGGAGGGGAACCAGCGUCUGGGUGCAGAGUUCGCUCAAGAAUUAUGGAGUCGGGAGCUCAUACUAGUUGGCAAGAUGCUUGUCAAGGACAGCCGGAAUUUCCAUGGAUGGGGAUAUCGGAGGACUGUGGUUUCUCAGCUCGAAAGCCCCAAGCUUAAUGGGAAGAGCAUGGUUGAAGCAGAAUUCGAAUACACCACCAAGAUGAUACAUGGAGACAAGGGGCUGUCCAACUUCUCAGCAUGGCAUAGACGCAGUAAGCUGAUUCCGCGAUUACUGGAUGAACGUCAUGCGAAUGAUGCUACAAGACGAAAAUUCUUGGAUGAUGAGUUCGACUUAAUCAUCUCAGCGAUGUAUACCGACUCUUACCCAUAUGCUCAAUCCGCAUGGUUUUACUACCAAUUCCUCAUGACAACUCUGACAGACUACAUUGGUCACGCGACGAUCACACCAAAUUUUACAACGUUAGACCGCAGCGAAUACGUAAUACGGCAGCUCGCCAUUCUGAAAGAUAUGUUAGAUGGUGCCGAGGACUGCAAAUGGAUAUACAGUGCCCUCAUCGAGUACACACUGGCAUUAUGUCAGAUGGAGGAACGGGAGCCAGACAUUGAUGAAAAACAAGACUGCAAGGCCUGGCUAGCUGAGUUAAGAAAGCUUGAUCCACUGAGGUCUGGUAGGUGGGCUGAUCUUGAUAACUCAUUACGAAAGUAAUCUAUUGCUUGCAUCAUCACAAACAUCCUCAGCAUUCGCUCUGGUAUUAUUAAAAGCUGCGUAGCGUUAGCUGCCAGUGAAAAAUUUGCCAUGCCCAGGAUUCUUGCACGUGUGAACCUCUGAUAUGUAUCCCGGGGUUAGCCAU